GACAACUUAAACCGGAAAUGAGUUACCUCCACGGCUCUAAACACGGAGCGAGAACCUGAUACACAUCUUAAAUGACUGCCCGCUGAAGACAAUGCGUGAGAAAUACAUUAAAUCAAAGCUGAGAUGGCUUUAAAGGCAUUUUGUUCAAAUUGUAUUUAUUUUACCUGUUGGAUCGCAGUUUAAUUAGUCUGGACAAUGCACUGUCAAGGCUCUGUUUGUGUUUUCGUGGUAAGUUUGUAUUUCAUUGGAUUUCAACGACAUGUCUCCGCCUUCCAACAAGAGCCACAGACUCCGGACUGGAGAUUGACUUUAAAAACUAUUCGCAAUGGCAUACACAAGAUUGACUCAGUCCUAAACGCAGCGCUGGAUCUGUUUGGAGGCGAUGACGGCUCGUGUCACCACAGCUGCAGUGAUGGGUACAAGCCAGAACCUCGCCCUGGUUAUAAACCGCCGCCCCCCAAUGGAUGUGGGUCCCCACUGUUUUGGUUUCAGUUUGACAUAGGCAUUCCAUCCAUGACUAAAUGCUGCAACCAGCAUGACCGCUGCUAUGACACCUGUGGUCGAAAGAAGAGAGACUGUGAUGAGCAGUUCCAAGAUUGUCUUGAGACCAUCUGCAGAAAACUGCAAAGAGCUUUUGGACUGACCCACAACGUUCAAGCUUGUGAGUCAGCCGUGACUUUGCUCUUCGAUGCAGUCAUGCACUUGGGCUGUAAACCAUACCUGGACAGUCAACGAGAGUCCUGUGUGUGCCAGUAUGAAAUGAAGAAAGAACUGUAAUCAUAAACUCUUUUACAACCACCUGCUGGUUAAAACCGUGGAUUUCUCAAGAACUGGAACUUUCAGUGAACUUCCUAAAUCUGUCAAGUAAUUUUUUAGCUAAAUUAUUUUACUACAACUAGUUUUUCUUUUGACCGUAAAUAAUUGUUUUAUGUAACAUACUGUUUCUGUAUAUGCAAAAUUGAAUAAAAAGUAAACUCAUACCCU